AUGGUUAUGGCUGGUCUCGAUGGGUCGCUCGACCACGUCAGUCGGAUUGUCCACAUGGCCAUGGAUAUGCUCGCGAAAGUGCGCGAUGUCAAGCAGCCAAACCACGUCGACCCGGUGCGCAUUCGAGGUGUCAUCGGGACGAAGUGCCCGCGCUACUGUUUCUUCGGCGACACAGUCAACACCGCGAGCCGCAUGGAGAGCAACGGGUUCCCAAUGAGCAUCCACACCAGCAUGACGACGUACGAGCGCUGCGCGACGCAUUCGAAUUUGUACCAGUGA